ACAUGAUAACAGCUGCUUGUGGCCUCUGAGUUCUGUUCUGAGUUUGACUGAGUGCAGAUUUUGCAACUUAUCCAAAUCUGACAGGUUCCGUUUAUCUGCCCUGGUCUCCUCCUCCCCCAUCGUGAUUUUCUGACAUCGCCAUGCCUCUGUGUGGCCCCAAACUGUCCCUGUGUGGCGUCAUUCUCAGCGCUUGGGGCAUUAUUCAACUGGCUUUGAUGGGUGUUUUCUUCUGGACCAAUAGCGUAGCCUUUAUCGAGGACAUUCCGCUCAAAGAAGAGUACGAAUCCAAAGAUGAGCUCAUCAACGAUUUAGAGCAAGGCUACCAACAGAACGCCCUGAAUUGUUGGAUCGCUGCCCUUCUGUACUUGGUGACGCUUUGCGUGUCCGUGCAACAGUUCUGGAUGAACAACCGAUCCACCUACAGCGUUUAAUAAUGAUGACAAUUAUGACGCAUAUUCGUAUAUAUGUUGAUUUGCAUUUCGAAUUGUUUUCCCCAUGAUUAACAUCUAGAUUUACCGUAUUCGCUAGAAUAGUUAGUAGCAUCAUCAUCCUUGAAAGACUUUCUUUUGUCAGAUCGAAUCCAUAACCAUGUUGGGAGAAGAUCGCAGUGAUUUGUUCAAUAGGCAUUGAAAUACAUUGACCCCAACCAUGA